AUGCUACGCAAAUGUCCCGUAGAGGCUAUUGUGUUGCAAUGGAAAAACACCACGCCGACGAAUAUUCGACCCUGUGUUUCGGUUCCCGAUGGCGUUGAACCAACUGUUGAACAUGUUUGUCGUGGCAUAAAGGAUGAUCAACAACUAAUCACCCUAUUCAAUGAGAAUUUUGUACCCAUCAAUUGUCGUAGUUCCCUAGAAGGUGUGUGGCACUUUACAUAUCAGAACCGUUUCCGUUUCACCGGCGUCUGUAAUAAACCCGAUGCACGUAUACAAUCGUGUCAAACAGCGGGUACACAAUUUUUGAUACAAAAUCAAAAAUUCAAUAUUACCUAUCAGCAGUGUGAGGGUAUGGAUGGCACAUUCAGCGGUACAGUUGAAUACAGUUGUCUGGGUGAUUGGUUUGUGGGUAAAAAUCACUACUUCGCCGUGGCCAAUACUAAGGAGUCACGUAAAGAUGAAAAGUACAGAUGUUUCCUUAAAAAUCGUGAUGACGAUUUGUACAUUGGUGUAUCUAUCACUGCCGAAUGUAAUACAUUGAAAACGCCCGAACAGUCGCCGGAACGUUUGAAACUGACACCCGUCAAGGCGGAAUAUGUAGAACCUGGUUGUACACUACCACAGAAUUUCAGCGGAGAAUGGGUUAAUACUGCCAAUAUUGAUGCUGAAGUUAUCAUCGAUGAUACACACAUCAAUGAAACCUAUUAUCCGGACAGGGCACGUUAUAGGCGUACCAUAUAUGUGUGUCGUGAACGUCGUGGCAAUCGUAUUAUGAUGGCUCGUCUAACUGUUGAUGGUUGCCAAAAGGAUUAUGUCUGUUUUGAUUUUAUGCCCAGGCACCAUAAUAUUAUACGCUAUCGCAAGGGCUUGGCUGUUAUAAAAGACGACUUCAGUACCGUAUGCUCCUGGGUGCAAUUUAAAAAUGCCGAAGCAUGGAAAUAUGAUUUACUAUUGGCCAAGAAUCCGGUGGCAGUCAGAUGUCCUGUUGCGGGUAAAUUUAAUUUUACACAACGUGGUGAACAUCCAUUCAAGACAAGAAUUUUGGGUGGUGUAACACUAAGUCCACGUCCUGACAUUCGUUGCAAGCAAAAUAUUUCCGAUUUGUCGGUUUGUGAUACAGAUCAAAAAGAAAUGGCUGUAGACGAAAACUAUUGUCUUUCCGUAGAUCAUUUGGGUAGACCUGUGGAUAUUUACAGUGAUCCCGAUUAUCGCAUGAAAUGUAUUGGAUUCUGGAAAGAAAACUUAAAAUCCUAUCUCAUAACCUAUGAUGACUUGGAUCCUUUGUCCAAAUACCGUUGUUGGGUAUAUCAAAGAGCCGAUCUAAAUAGAGUACUUAUGUCACAAGCUGUGGGAGCUUUUUGUAAAUUAAAUCAAGAUGUUACAUCAUGGAAUCACUCAGAAGGUGCUGCCGUUGCCAUCGAUGCCAUAGAAUAUGAACGCGAACGUGACGAUUGCCCCAUGUACUUUGAUGAUGGUGAAAAUCCGUGGCGUCAAUCGGAUGCAUCUAAUGUAAUUUUCGAUUGGGAUUUUUAUAAAGCUGGUGCUGGCCGCAUAAUUGCAACACUAAAUAUGCAAACAAUGUUAACAUUUCGAACCAAGAAUUGUGUUAGUUAUAAGUCCAAUCAUCACUUCUUAAGUAAUCAAACACUACACUGA